CCACGUUUAAUAUAUAAGUUUUUUUUUUCUUUUUAUAAAACCUAUACUUUACUAGAGUACUUUCCCCAAUAGCCAGAGGCACAAACAACACAAACUAGAGGACCUUUCGGUACAACCACCAGUGCAUAGUUCUAGACCAGAGAGAUAACACCCACUUUCGUUUGUAUUUUUCCCUCACCUGGUUAGUUUUUGCCCACACCACCACCACGCAACAACAUUGCCAGUGCUACGCAGCAAGCCAAAUAAACCCUCUUUUUUUUUUUUCCUUGGAGAACCCAACUACAUCUCCCUGUCUUUCGAACUCCCCGAGUACAAGACAACACCGUGUACAUUUCUUCUCGCUAAUUACGUGCAUUUUUUUGGACCCUUUUAAGGAACGUAGCAGUUACAAUAAAAACGUCAAAAGUUUGUUUUUUUAAACAAAGAAGAUUACUAUAUACCAUAGAGAUUACAACAAAAUUGCUGCGAUGUACCCACAUCAUCAACAGAAUAUGUACUAUCCAAACCACGCUCCUUCUUACGAUAUCCCCAUGACACCUUUGGAUAUGGCAUACAGUCAAUCGAUGAUACCAUCCAAUCUUUUGGCCGGGUCACCUUACUUUAUGAACUCGUUUGCAAUGUCUCCUAUACAGCAAGAGCCUCCAAUGAACUAUCUUCGUCAAUAUGUACCCCCUUCGUCGCAACAACAUCACCAUCACCAUCAUCCUCACGCACCUUAUGGGAAUGGAUACGCUGUAUCUAGCCAAGAUUCCACUUUGGAUCAGUUAUGUCUUCUGAGAACUGUAGUUCUUAAAAACUUAUCGGAAGAUGUAACUUUGACUGAAGUGUUGGACGCGAUAGACUUUGGACCUAUUGAGUAUUGUAAGAUAUUCAAGAAACAAGCACUUCCUAAUUUAGAAGAUGUUAAAAAUGUUCAGAACUGUUAUAUCAGUUUCCUUAAUCUGAAAAUUCUGGUAAAUUUUCACAAUAAAUAUGCAAAGAACAAACAGAACAUGGCUAAAUUACGAUCAGCUCUUAAGAACUCGAAGCAUUUGAAACUUGUUUUAAAUGACCUGACUAAUCGUCCCAAUGGUCAUCAUAUGGCCAAUAAACAAGAUUUCAUUAAACUUAAAACUUUGAAUUAUAUAUUGGACUUUAGUGCUACAAGAUGUCUUCGGAUAAAGUUUACCGAAACUAAAAAAUUUGAAGAGAUUGAACUGGAUUUGAAAGAACAAUGUGGUAGAUUUGGAGAGGUUGAGAAGUUUGAAUUGAAGGAAGAAAAUGAUCUGAGAGAUCAACUGCCUGAAUCUUCAAAGAAGGAUGAUGAUAAAACUCAAGAGUCUGAAUCGCUUGAAAAACCAUACAUUGCAUGGGUUCAUUUCACAUCGAUAGACUCAGCAAUCAAAGGAUAUGAUUAUUACUCGAAGCGUAUACAGAGACUUCAACAACGCCAAGUUGAUGAAAAGAAGACUUCGGUAUCGACAACUCAGGCUGAUGGAAAACCAGCAACUGGCUCUAGCGCCACUGUUCGUACAUUUAAUCCAAUUGGAAUUUCAUUUCAUAAGGAUAGGUGUGACAAGUCCCACGUUGACAAUAUUGUUCACAGGUCCAAUAACGCUUCCCCCGUGAUAUCACGUCGAAGCACUACAAAUGCAUCUGGACCACAUAAUCAUUUCUUACCAAAUGAAAGUAUUAUAAGCAUCCCGGAAGAUGAUUCUUUUGGAUCAGACAACAGUGAAACGUUCAGUGAGUUUAAUCUGCAAAUCAUUAUGGAAGAUAAUGAAGGGUCAAUUUUGGACUCUUCUUCUAAAAAUGGAGACCAUCUUGAUCAAGACUCCAGUACUUCAUCAUUCAAUGGGUUGGAUCGUAGCUCUUCCAUUGUUUCUUUAAAUCAAGGAGCAUAUUACCCACCACAACAACAUAACCAACACCAGUCAUAUCCUCCAAUCCAACCACAUAUUUCGUCUCAACUGGUCUAUCUGGGAGGUUACUUUGGAGGAGGUGGCGGCGGGUCUACUCAUUCUCUCCCGCCCCUUCAUUCAGGUAUGCAACAAAAGGGAUACCCAUCAUAUAAUUCUGAUGCAUUCAAUGUUGGUAAUAGAACUAUUUAUUUGGGGAAUUUACAUCCACAUACCACUAUUGAGGAAAUUGCAAAUAAUGUUCGUGCUGGAGGACUUGUUCAAUUGAUUAAACAUCAUCCAGAGAAGAAGGUUUGCUUCAUCACAUUUAUCGACCCAUCGAUUGCAUUAAAGUUCUUCCUCAAUCAUCAAGUAUUGCACCAACUUGUGAUUCAUGGGUAUGAUGUGACUGUUGGCUGGGCCAAAAACCAUUCAGGUCCUCUCAAUCGAGAUAUUUCAUUGGCUGUUACUGCUGGAGCUUCAAGGAAUGUAUACAUUGGAAUUGCGCCUAAUAAAGUAGAACCAGAUGCACCUAAACCAGUUAUCCCAGACGAGAAAACAUUGCGUCUGGAUUUCCUGAAAUUUGGUGAAUUAGAACAAAUCAAUUUUUAUCAUAAUAAAGAUUGUGGGUUCCUAAACUUUUUAAAUAUUGCAGAUGCCAUCAAAUUAGUUGAUUGUUUUGUAAUGAAGAACGAAGAAAAAAUAAGAAGAAUUGUUGGAGAUUCCGGAGAAUUUUAUGAGAAAUAUAAAUGUUUUAAAAUCAAUUUUGCAAAAGAUCGUUGUGGGAAUCCUGCAAAGUUCAGUUUUAGAAAGAGAUCAAAAGCUGGCAAACAUAGUAAUUAUAGAGAUGUCGAUUUAUAUGAAGUGGAUAUUGUGAAUGAAUUAAGAGAGACUUCAAGGCUUGAAGAGGAAUUGAGAAACAACAGUCCACCACAAGAACCAUUGAAUGAAGAAGCUGCUAAAGUAUUUGGUAUCAUCGAAUGUCUGAAGAAGGAAGAAGAUACCAAUAAUAUUCUUGAUGACGUCAAUGAUGAUAUCUUGGAGACUUCAUCGGACAUAGUUGAUGCUAAUCUGCAAAAGAGAUCAACAACCCAUGAAAAGGGUGAAUUGGAGAAAAAUGUUAACGAAGGGACUGAAAAAUUAGAGGAAGAACAUGAAGUUGAAGAAGAAGAUGACGAAGAUGAAGAGGAUGAUGAUGAAGUCUCUAUUAUUAUAGGAUCAGACACUGGUUCCAGUUCUAUGGUAUGCGAAACCAAACCCGAUUCAAAUGAACUGAAGAAUAAAAAUGGUGCAAGAAAAUCACUUUCAAGAAGUACUUCCUCUGAAGCCUUUUUCCCAAAAAGAGAUUAUUCACGGAAUUCCUCUAAUAUUUCAUUGAAUACUCAUUUUGGAAAAAAUGGAUAUCAACACUCUCAAGCAAAGACUCAUUCACCCUAUUCACAACCUCAACUGAUGUACUAUAGGCCAUCUUCUGCUCCAAUGCGGUUGAAUAAUGGUCCACAUUAUGGAUAUCACCAGCAACAACAACAUCAACAAACUUUCCCUCCUCAACAUGUUUCUACUCCAUAUGGCCAAAUUCCACAUUAUUCCUCACAGCCACAUUUAUUGAAAAAUCCUUAUGGAACUUCAGGAUCUCAAGUGAUGGCACAAUAUCUUGCUCAAUCACAACACGAAAACUUGCUCUAUGCGGCAGCUAUUUUCAAUGGAGGAAUGGACCCAGAAGAAGAUAUUGAAUACAAUUAUAGGGGUAAGCGAACAUAUAGAAGAAAACAUUGAUAAAAAUUUUUUUAGAUAGGUUAUAUCAACAUAUGGUAAUAUGAUAAAAUAUAAGUUA